UUGGUUUCAGUUUAUGCAUACUGCGUUAUGUAUAUGCCGAUUUCUGGGAUAUCGUUUUUGCCGGAACCGACCCCGCGUGGAGACGGUCGUAAGAGGUUACUUGCGUUGGUGAAAGAACUCCGUCCAGCAGCUCUGGCAUUAGUGGAUGCCUUUGAGUUUUCGGACCAACAGUUGCUGGGGUCCACGUUGGGGAGGAAGGAUGGGAAGGUGUACGAGGCCUUGUUCGAGGAGGCAUGUAAGGCGUCGUGGUCAAGAG